AUGCUGAAGCCGCACGUCGGUACCAUGCUACGACGAACACCUGAAGACCGCGAAAGCCAUCGACAACAAGAGUGCAUACGGCGCCAAGAGAGACGACAGCAUUCGACUGCAUCUUCAACGUCAAUGUCAGCAAGUCGGCAAAGGUCUGAAUGUGUUACCGAUGAUGUGAACGUGCUGGACGAGCGCUCAGCGGCAUGGGGAGACAACGUCAUCCCUCAACUGCGAAGAGUGCCUUUGGUGACCCAGGAAAGCGUCCUGGAGCGACUGCGGGGGGCGUUGGGUGCGUCCGGAUUGGACGAGACAGUAUGUGCGGUGUGCGAUACGUGGGUGCUACGCACCCACUGCCGCACCAUUGUCGUCUCGGAGUUCGUGUAA